ACUAUCUAGCCAUGAAAAUGAGCAUGACAGGCCAGCCAAAGGGUCACCUAUGGAUGGCCUUCACCAUGUUGUUUGCCAUUUUUACAAUGCAUGGCGCGGGAGCAACCAGCUUUUUACCACCGUCUCUUUCCUUAUCACCAACAUAUGCUCCUGUUAUCAAGGUGGUAGGGAAGGUGUACUGCUAUAGAUGCUUCAAUGAGGCACACCCAGAAGAAUCCCAUGGGAAGAAGCACCUGGAAGGAGCCAUGGUCAAGGUCACUUGUCAGGCAAAUGACCAAGCACUUGUGGGAUUUGGCUACACCAGAAGCAAUGGCAAAUACAGUGUGAGCCUUAAGGGCCUACCAAUUAGCAAUACCUAUGGGUCUGAUUCGUGUAAGGUUGAGCUCCAUGCAGCACCAGGAGGAUCUGACUGCAAUGUGCCAAUGGAGUUAAAUUUGUCUGGGCUCAGUGUUUACUCCAAGUCAAGCGAGGAGCUGGUUCUCAAAGCCAACCAAAUAAUGGCAUUUGCAUCAAAGAAGACCUUUGUAUGUUCGAAACCUCACAUCCUACCACCGAUGUAUCCCCAUUCCCUGUCACCCCCUUACCAGUAUCCCUCACCCCUAUCACCAUUGCCUUAUCAAUAUUCACCACCUCCUUCUAACCAGUUUCCACCUCCAGCUUACCAGUACCCAUCACCACCUCAGAACUACCACCCUUCACCACCACCUUACCAACAGUCCACACCUUCAAACACCUACCGAUCUCCACCACCUCCACAAGGCGUCAAGAUUCCAGCACCAUCCCACAAGCAUUUAACACCUCCAUACUACUACAAGUCACCACUUCUACCAUCAUCAGCAACGCCUCCGUAUCACUAUAACUCUCCACCACCUUACCAGUAUUCACCACCUCCGUAUAACUAUCAAUCUUCACCGCCAUCCUAUCUGUAUUCUCCACCUUUGCCUCCAAAAGCUUCGAAACAUCUACAACCAAAAGCCCCUCAUGAAAAUUCUCCACCAGCAUCUUCAACAUCUACACAGCCUCUUUACCAGUAUAACUCUCUAUCACCUCCAAAUGUUGGCACGUCAUCAACAAUGCCACCUCUGCACACCUACCAAUCCCCACCACCACCGAAUCAGCUAUCUUAAGCAUCAACAGCAGGGCUCUUGAAGUGAUCAGGGGUGAGCAGAAUAAACAAAAAAGUGGAAGCCUGUUUUCAAGAGGAAGAAGCAUCAUAGCUAGAUGUUCCAACUACCAUCUCGGUGUCUAGGGUUGUUUAUGGCAUUGUCUAGAGUUGUUUCAGCUUUCAUUUCAUUGCCUACUAUUUCAGCAAUGCAAUCAUAAGUUUGUAGAGCUUUCUUACUAGCUCUGCUUAAUCCAACAUAUCGUGUGGUUUCCUUGCAGCUCCAAAAUGAGCAUUCUUGUGUAUG